GUAAAUGAUUAGUGAUAACUGAUUAAUCAUAAUGUCUCAUGCCAAAAUAUUAUGUGUAUUUUUUCUUGGUUUUUCCGGAUUUUUCAAUAAUAAUUAGUUGACGUAUCCUACAGAUAUAGUGAUCAUCAUUUCUCUUCGUUCAUUCGUCCGGGCAUUAUUACUUAAAUUGUUUUCCAUCCGUUGUUUGGUCUUUUUUCUCACCAUCGGAACCGAAAUGGCGGGCCAGAUUAGCUUUCGUAAAUAUACCGAUUUGCUGUAUAAUGAUAAGGAUGUAUCAAAAAACAAUGGAAAUUCAACACCAAUAUAUGGGCCUUAUGAAAAACUAUACCUCAAUGAUUGGGGUCAAUCUGAUAUACAUCAUGAUAUAGUGCAGGCCUUUCAUAAAAUGAAUAUAAUACAAAUGAAACCUAUACAGCAGAAUUCAUUUUUAUAUUUAAUGAAUCACUAUAAUACGGCAAUGAUUGGCUUUUCAAAAGGAAAAUCUAUUUCUUACUUAGCAAGUAUUUGUUCUUCAAUUAUGAGCAAUAUUGAUGAUACAGUGAAGAGUUUUGUCAUCGGACCCAAAGCUAUUAUACUAAGUAAUUCUUUAACAUCAUGUUCUACAUUGGAAUAUUUAUCAAAUAAACUUUUCUCUUCAACUAUAAAAAAGAAUAAUGUUGUUGUAGCUUAUGAAUCUAGUUCAGUACAACACACGAUAGCAGCUUUGUGCAAUGGAUGUGAUAUUUUAAUUGCUACUCCAACAGGUCUCCAUAAUUUGCUUACCCAAGCAAAAAUAUUUAAUUAUUCGAAUCUAAGGCAUUUUGUUUUUGAUAAUAUAGAUCUACUACUGGAUAACUAUAAAAAUCAAAUGCCUCAUUUUCUUCAAAUUUUAACAAAACUUAAAGAAAAAGAAGAAUGCAGUAUACAAUUGAUAUCGGCAUCAGUCAAAUGGAAUAAAGAUAUAGAUACAUUUUUAAACAAAUUGUUUAUAAAAUGGCAGUAUAUUUUUGGAUCUCCCCUAGAAGCUGCUCGGUAUAUGAAAAUAGGAUUUAAUGUUGUACAAGUCAAGGAUGAUAAACUAGAAAAAAUAUUACAGUUUUUAAAAAAUAAUAUUAAAUACCGUCGGAGUGUCUUGAUUACAUCUAAUGCUGAUGAACUAGGCAUAAUUUCUAGCUAUAUUCAGGAACAUGAUUCUACUAUAGAGGUAUUGGUACCAAGUCAAAUGAGAAUUUCUAAUGUUUAUGAAAUGCAACAAUGGAAUGCACCAUUAGAAAAGAACCAACGUAUAUUAAUUUGUAGUGACCAUACAAUGAUUGAUUUUUAUGUUGUUGAUGCCGAUUGUUUAAUACAUUAUGAUAUUCCCUCUGACAAACACAUAUUUUCAAUGAGAUUCAGUGUUUUACAAAAUUCUAACAAUGUUAUUGUAAAUAAAGAAUGUUGUACUUAUAUAUUUUUAAGUAACAAUACUAAAGACAUGUUGCAGUUGCCAAAAGUAGUUGAAAUCAUGAAAGGUUUUGGUAAUGGUGAAGUAGAUCCAGUUUUGCUGAAACAUGCGAAGAUUAUUAAUGACACUCUAGAAAAAGAAAAGAAAAAUUGUUUAUUCUGCAGUGAAAUAAAACAAUUUGGUUAUUGUUCUAAACCUAUGACAUGUCAAAGUCGUCACAUUUUAUUCAAGGAACUUGAUGAACCUGGUGUUAACAUUCCCAGAUCUGGAUUAGCUGUUGUAAAAAUUUUAAAUGUUUAUGAUGCGUCUCACAUGUCUGCCAAACUUUUGAAACUAAAUUGUACAAAUAUUCUUAAUGAUGAACAACAUUGGUCAAAUGUAGUAGACCAUUCUGAUACCAUUAAUCAUAAGCUCAGUUCAUAUUUUUCAAAAAAAGAUUCUGAAAUUCUUCAUGAAAAACCUAACCCUGGAGACAUAGUUGCUGUACAGAUGGAAUCUAGUACUAGAAAAAUAAUCGACACUGCCUAUUUCAGAGCUCUCGUUAUUAAUAUAGUUGACAAAAAUACAACAAAUCCUAAAGUGAAGGUUAAACUAAUUGAUGAAGGAUAUGUUGAAACUAUAUCGAAAUGGAAACUGUUUGUGUUACCUGAUAUGCUAAAAAGUGUACCUACUACUACUGUGGAUAUGUUUUUGGCCUCCAUAAAACCAAUUGGCUUUGAUAAAACAUGGAGUAACCAAGCUAACCAUCAUCUUAUAAAACAUUUAAAAGAUGUUAAUAUUUGCAAUAAUACAAUUAUUGUAAAGGUUAAAAUGGCACUAGGAACUACAAUAUGGAUAAAUAAAUUAUAUGAAAAAUAUUGGGAUUCAGAUCAUAAGAAAUAUGACUUUGGAGAAAUUUUACCUGAGAUUUUGUUGAAUACAGGCUAUGCAGAUAUGAAUUUUGAACACAUAGACAAUUUAACAGAACUCAGUAUUUCAGCUGGUAUUUCCAAGCCGUUAAAAAUAAAAUACAAUUUUGAGGAUGAUAAAGAAUUAAGCAUAGAAGAAUUUAUGUCACUUUAUAAAUUGCCUGAACCCCAAUGGGCUCAUCUGGACCAAAGUAUCAUUUUGGUUUCUGUAGAGUGUUUUAUUAGCCCUAAACUUUUUUUUGUUGAAAAUACCAAGUAUUGUGAUAGAGUCAACGAUCUUCAACUAAUGAUUGAUAAAUAUAUUGAAGAAAAACAGUUAGCAAAAUUAAAACAUGUUAUUAAUGGAGCAAUUUGUUUAGCUAAACAUCCACAUACAAAUAAGUAUAGCCGCGUCAAAAUUAUUGAAAAAUCUGGUAGUGGAGUUGUUGAAGUUUUGUUUGUGGACAAAGCUGAAUUUCUUAAUGUUAAAUUACACUUACUGCUUACAAUACAUCCAGAACUAAUCACUUACUUACCAUUCCAAGCGAUUGAAUGCAGUUUAAGUGGUGUUAAAGAUACAUUACCUACAAGCUGUGAGCUGGAUGAACUAGUUGACUAUUUAUUUGAUAUGACUCAAUAUCCAUUGUAUUUAAAAGUUAUUGACACUAUUUCAUCAACAACAUACACUGGUGGUAGUCACUAUGAAGUUAUUUUAUAUGAUGCAGAUAUUACUGUUAAUUUAGAAUUUCAGACAAAAUUCAGUCAAUACUGCGACGAUCUCCAAAUGUCUAAAUUGUUAAAUUUAUUAAAUGCUGAAUAUAGUGAAGAUAAUUGUGUAGAAGAUGAUAAAAAUAUUCCAUAUGUUUUUGAUGAAAAAAAAUUUGAAAUUGAAGAUAUGAAUUCUGAUGAAUUGAAAAUUCAACAAGAAUUUUUUGAUGAAUUUGCAACUUCCGUUUUUGGAGAAGAUUAUGCAAAUAUUUUUAAACCUACAGACCAAUAUAUUGAGGAUGUUAAGAAAGAAGAUUCCUUAACAAUCACCGAUAUAACACCGGUAUCCGAAAGUGUAUCUCUUAAAGAUCGCGUUGCUGUUGAACCAAUUAAAACUGAAGAAAUAAGACCUAUUAAUGAUGCAGCUAUGCUUAAAGAUAUGCCUGUGCUAAAUAAUUGCAAAAAAAAACUAAGGGAAAAACGACGAAACAUUUGCUUAACAUGCAAUACCAAUAUACAAUCGAUUAUUCCUAUGUGUACUUGGCAUCAAGAUAGAAAUAAUAUUUAUUUAAAACUUAAUAUUCUUGAAAUAGAUAAUUUCAAUGUUGAAAGUACAUUGGAGAGUAUUAAGUUUAAAUCUCAAUUUAAACAUUUUUCAUAUGAGUUUUCUGUUAAACCCUAUGGUUUUAUUAUUGAUAAAAGUAUAACACAUAGACAUAAUUAUGAAGGAUUCCAUAUCAAAGCUGAAAAAUUGUUCAAAACAGAUUACAAAUGGCCACAGUUAUUUUUAUGUAGUAAACACCAUACAUAUGUAAAAUAUGAUACAGAACACAUAGAUACAAAAAACAUUUCCUUCUGGUUAAAAGACAUGAACAGGUUCAAAUUUUUAGCCAAAGGUACCCAUCUGAACUCAAUGAAUAAUGAAUGUUCCAGUAGUGAUAGCUGUGAUAACAGUGAAAGUGAAGCACACAAUGACUUUGAUGAUUCCAUCAUAUUAUAAUAUGUACUUAUGUUUUUAAGUUUUAUUAUUAAUAGUAUUCUGUUUUAUUUAAAAGUUAACCAGUUUUUAAGUUAUUUUAAUAUUGUUCUUCGGAGUUGACCAGUAUUCAUACCUAUUGUUUUUAUUAUUAAAUUCACUAAAUUUAUAUUAUUUAUCAAUCA